AGACAUUAACACGACAACAGCAUGCUAAAUCAGAGGAGCUUCAGAGAGGCCAGCGCCCAGUACAGCUCAGGACAAUCACCAUCACACACUGAUUAUCAGUGUGAGCAGUGAGAGGCAGAGUGGAUAUUAUGGCUGUCACUCAGUCUGCACUAUGGGAGGCAUGCUGAGAGCUGCCGGAGCUCCUUCGUCCCUGAUAGACAGAAUAUCACAUGUUGGCUCAGCCUAGAGGACACUUCUUAUCAUGCCAUGGGAUUAAAAUACAAAAUGAACACCUGCAGCCAGGAAACUUUUUGACUUCAGCAGCAUUUGAAGGUGGGUCAGCACCUCUGGAAGCAACGGUGGACUACAAUACCCACAUGCCUCAGAUAAGAUGUUUCUCUGGGCAGGAAGUAAAGCAACAGAUGGAAGAAGUGACCACAGAUCCAUCUACCAGAAGAUUCGUGAAUAUGAGGUCCUGGACAAGAGGAAGACAGUGACGGCUCUGAGAGCAGGAGAGGACAGAGCCAUACUGCUGGGCCUCAGCAUGGUCUUCUUUUCUGUCAUGAUGUACUUUGUCCUAGGAAUCACCAUCCUGCGCUCCUACUCUGACAGUGUGUGGACAGAUGAGGCGAGCUGCACUAUCGUGAAUGCCACCAUCACGUGGGACGUAAACUGUUCGUACAGCUGUGGAGCAGAGUGCUGGAAGAGCUCCCGGUACCCCUGUCUCCAGGUCUACGUCAGCCUCAACUUCUCAGGAAAGGUGAUACGACUGCUGCACAACGAGGAGACGCAGGACAGCAACCCUGAGUGCUUCUACAUCCCAAAGUGCCGUAAGGACUAUGCAGCCACACAUGCCAUAAUACAGAACAUUUCUGAGCGUCUCAGGUCUCAGCACACAGUUCAGUGCUUCGUGGACCCUACAGACAGGACGGACAGUGCCAUUUUGAGUCAGAUCUACGGUCGGGUCGCCGUCUUCCACUCCCUGUUCUGGCCAACCUGCACCUUGAUCGGAGGAACCCUCAUCAUUGCCAUGGUGAAGCUGACCCAGUAUCUAUCCAUCAUGUGUGAGCGCCUAAGCCGCAUCAAGAGGUGAAGGAUGGAAAGACUGUAAGUUCAGAUGGGAGUUCCUGUUAUGUGGACAUGGGGGCAACUGAAGCAGCUUCAUGAGACCAGAUGUGGUCUCUCUGUGACAGCUGGAAUUAUGGGAUUCAAAGAAAGUAGCAGUAACAGUCUAAGAGCAGCUAAAAGAGGAGCACAUGUUUCUGGGACCUGCUCAUGGUCCAAUUAUAAUUAACAUUGUGGUUGUUAGGCAGUCGCAAUGCGACCUAAUGUAUUUAAUUACAUAUUCUGCAUUUUCUUGCUGUCAAACAUUUUGAGAAGUACUAUUAUUUGUUUGAUUUUUUUCCCAUUCAAUCAGUGUCCAUUAAAUAUGGAGCUACAGCUAGCAGCUGGUUAGCUUUACUUAGCACUGGAAGCAGGGAAAUACAGCCGACCUGACUCUGUUCUAGGGGAACACAAUCUGCCCAGCAGCACCUUGAAGCUCAUUAGUUAACACAUUAUGUUUUGUUUAUUUAAUCCAGGCAAGCAGCUGUUUCCACCUGUAAGAGUGGCAUCAAUCUUCUCAUGUAAUCUCAGCAAGGAAAUGAAUGUGUAUUUUCCCAAAAGGUCAAACUGUUCCUUUAAAGACGGGUCUUCUUAACCUGCUUUAAUGCUUUACUAUAUCUGUGUCUUAGGAUGAAAGGAUUUACAGUUUGGGACCUAUGUAAAAAAAAGCUUUAUCAGUCACUGCUCUGAUGUUUGAAAGUCUGUAUACUGACACUGUGAAAUGUAAUUUAACUGAAAUUAAGAAAGUUUGAG